AUGCCAUUUCAAAAAGAAUUUGAAUUUCCUUCCGAUGAAGAGUUAACGGCUAAUGAUGUUAAUAUUAGCUCGGUUUAUUUGAAAGCGGGAGCAAUUCAUUAUGCUAAAUAUUGCGAAAAAGAAAAUGAUGAAUUUAUGUUGUGUAAAAGAGAGUUAAAAGAUCCUAGAAAAUGUUUAAAAGAAGGAAAAAAAGUCACCAACUGUGCUAUGAAAUUUUUUUGCGAAGUAAAAAAACAUUGUCUCGAUGAGUUUAAUCAAUAUGCCGAUUGUUUAUACAAAUCAAGUGCUACAAUGUCUUAUCGAUACUGCAAAAAAACACAAGGAAUUUUCGAUGAUUGUAUGUUAAAUAAAAUGGGAUUACAAAGGCCUCCAUUUGGUUGGGCAUCUGAAAUUCAUAUUCAUGAUACAGAUAGACCAAAACCUGAGAAAAAGAUUCAUUACUUCCCUAAUACACCUGAUAAACUUCCUGAAUCCGAUUUUGAAAUUCAGGAGCCUAGAUUUGGUAGAACAUUUUAA